GACCUUGUUCUAUUCACAAUUGUAACAAAAAAUCUACAAUAUUUAGUAGUUUAACUGAUAAUGCUUUUGCAAAAGUAUUAGCUAUAGGAACUCUUCAACAAUAUUCAUAUUUGCAAAUAGAUCAACAAAUUUGUAAUGCUCAUUAUAUGGAAAUUGUUGAAAAUGCUUGGAGCAAUUAUAGAAAAAAUUUUCAAAAUAAUAUUGUUUUAAAUAAUAUUAUUGAAAAUAAUAAUUUUAUUG